AUGUCUGGAGGUCCAGUUCCAGUUUGGAAGAAAUACACCACCCAGUCAACCGGUAUCUGGGAGAAGGUCCGUCAAAUCCUUUCAUUAGUCCCAAACAGAUCCUCCGGUAACCCUAUCGUUUCGCUCUUCCGUCAAUCUCCUCCAGGUGACAGAAUCAAAGACGCCAAGAAGUAUGUGGACCCAGUAACCUUGCCAGCAGCUGACAUCCAAGGUAACCCAUACUAUAAGAGAGACUACAGAAGAAAUUUCCCACAAGUACAUGGUUUCAACCAAACCAAGGUUUCUGGAUUAUUGAAGUUGGGUUCCGCUGACAAGCCAAGAAUUUCCAUCGGUGACAAGGGUACCAAAGAAUUGUCUGUAUUCAUCGAAUCUGCCGAACCAGUGAGCUUAGCUACCACCUUGGCCGGUGUUCCAGCCAAUGUUGUCAAGGGAGAAUUGUUGGGAGCUCAAGGUGAACCCAUAGUGGCCCCAUCUUUGAACAAGUUUGAAUGGACUAUAUUACAAGAACCGGAACAUGGUAUGUACACUGAGCAAUACCCAUGCCGUAUUUUCACUGAAAAGAAGCCUCAAGCCACCCAAUAA